AUGAAUAGCGUAACUGUUAUUUGUCCUAAUUCUCGUCGUUGUGUGGUAAAAGUAACACCAUCAACCCAACUUCGUAAGAUUUUGGAAGAAGCUUGUCUGAAGCAAGGUUUCGAUAUAUCGACACAUCAUUUAAAGCAUCAGAAUCAUACAUUAGAUUUAGCAUUACCAUUCCGCCUCACUGGUUUACCUAAUAAUGCUACUGUUGAGAUGGUGCAAAGUACGAACGUUGUUGGUGGAGUUCCAGUACAAAUUCAUAUUGCCUUACAAGUAUGUCUUUGA